CAUCGAGUCGACGUGACUGCGACGUUUAAUCUUCAGUCAGUCAGGAACGCGUCUCUGGUGCAGACACACUGAUAUCUAAUCUGUGCUCCCGUGAUUCUUUUGCAAACCAUUCGUACGACUAAUCUGUGAUUCAACUAGUUGCCUCACUGCUCCCUCGUAUUGUCCUUCGACGAUUUCAGGAAACGUUGCCGCCACACAAUCUAGUUUUAGGAGACAUCGCGAAAAGUAUGGGAGGCGUGUCGCAAAGUCCAUGGACACCAACAAAGAGACGGGGCCCGAUAGCUGCGGAAUACACCAGCCCCGGUCCGGCUUGUGUCACGCUGCCGCCGUUGAUUGGAAGGACCGUUCCCGACUCGAAGCGAGGUAGAGCUCCGGCCUUCUCCUUUGGAAGCAGGUACUCGUCGAAGAACAACAGUCCCGGACCGGGCCCCGGUCAGUACAACGUCUCCGGGCUCAGCGCAAAAGGAAAGGAUGCGGCACCAGCAUCGUCUUUGCAUGGCCGCGCGAGAUCAUCGAAGCACGAAGUGACACCGGCACCGGGCGACUACAAUCCGGAAAAGGCGGAGAAGAUCAUCCUGGACAGCUCGCCGAAGUACUCGUUUGGCAUAAAAACGCAAACCGAGAAGAUCAGCUCCACACCUGCACCGAGCGACUAUUGCACCGAAAAGGUGAAUCUCGACAAAGCCCCCGAGUAUAGUUUCGGCUUUAAACCUCAAUCGGAGAAACCGAGCGAUAUUCCCGCGCCUGGAUGUUAUUGCCCGGAAAAGGUAAGACUGGACAACACGCCGCAAUUCACCUUCGGACUCAGGCCUCCUCUGGAAAAGCCAAGCGAUACACCAGCACCUGGCACCUACAGUCCCGAGAAAGUCAAUUUCGAGAAAGGCCCUCGGUACAGUCUCACCGGAAAAGGUCGUGCGGAGAAACCGGACGACACCCCCGCGCCAGGUACGUAUUGCCCGGAAAAAGUGAAACUGGACGCCACGCCCCAGUAUACAUUCGGACUUAGAACACCUUUCGAGAAAGUGAAUGAUACACCAGCUCCUGGUGCUUACAGUCCAGAAAAAGUCAACUUAGACAGGGGUCCUCGGUAUAGUUUGAGCGGUAAAGCUGCACAGGAGAAACCGGAGGACACUCCAGCACCUGGUGCUUAUUCACCUGAGAAGGUAAAUCUUGACAGAUCUCCUCAAUACAGUUUUGGAUUGAGAAUUUCACUCGAUAAGCCGAACAAUAAUCCAGCACCGGGAACGUAUAGCCCGGAAAAGGUAAAUUUGAACAAGGGUCCAGAGUACAGUUUGUCUGGAAAAGGGAUGCCGGAGAAACCAAACGACAAUCCAGCUCCUGGAACAUAUAGUCCCGAGAAAGUAAACUUAGACAAAGGACCCCAGUUUAGUAUAUCGGGAAAAGGGAUGCCGGAGAAACUGAACGAUAAUCCAGCGCCAGGGACGUAUAGUCCUGAGAAGGUCGAUUUGGAUCGAGGUCCUCAGUUCAGUUUAUCCGGUAAAGCAUCACCGGAAAAGUACAAUGAUAAUCCAGCUCCAGGUACAUAUAGCCCUGAGAAAGUAAAUUUAGAUAAAGGGCCCCGGUAUAGCCUAUCUGGAAAAGGAACGCCAGACAAGCCAAAUGAUAAUCCAGGCCCUGCUGAUUACUAUCCAGAGAAAGUAGAAAAUUUGGAACAUAAAACUUAUUUCAGUUUUGGUAACAGAACACCAUUGGAUAAGCCUAGGGAUACACCAGCUCCUGGCACGUAUUCCCCAGAAAAAGUCAAUUUAGAUAAGUCUCCACAAUACUCGUUUGGUGUAAAGGCAUUCAGUGAGAAACCUAAUGACAUACCUGCACCUGGAAGCUACCACCCGGAAAAGGUAAAUCUAAACAACAGAUCUCCUCGGUACAGUUUCGGAGUUAGGGCCGAUGCACACGGAAAAGAUACAAUACCAGGUCCAGGCGAAUACAGCCCAGAAAAGGCUAUGCUUUUGCUGCAAAAAGCAUUGCGAUUUACAUUUGGUCUCAGGACAUGUAUAGACAGACCUAAUGAUAUACCUGCCCCGAACGUUUACAACAUUCCUUCCGUUCUUGGUGGAACGAAAGAGGGCAACAAGAAAACUGCACCAGCUUAUUCGAUUUCAGGCAGGCAAAAGGUUUUUACAGACGACCGUGUUUUGGUCCCUGGGCCUGGAACCUAUGAAGCCGUGAAGCCGGAUGCUGUUAGAGUGAAAAGUCCCGCUUAUAGCAUAAGUGCUCGCUAUCAGCUGCCUGAUGAUCAUUCGCAAAUCCCAGGACCCGGGGCACACUGUCCAGAAAAAGUAGUUCUUGCCAUUCCUCCGGCACAUUCAUUCGGCAUUAGACACUCACCGUAUAUAUGCAACCUGAAGGACGUUGUUUAUUAACUUAAGAAUGCCUUGCCGCGGUGUUGACGCUCGUCAUUAUCCCACUUCGAACAUAGUAAAUUACAUAUCAUCGAUAGAAACAGUAACAAUAUUUCAUUCUAAAGUGGCAAUUUUACGCGUGGACAAACAUUUCCUUAACGCUUUGCAAAACUGAUUGCAAGACAGCUUGACGCUGCUAACUAAUUAAGUAGGCUAUAAAAAGAAUAGAAAU